GCCGCCGCCGGCCCCGCGCCGCCCCUCCGCCGCCGUAUGAAGGAGAGACGCCUCUGACCGGGCAGCGCCCCGCUCGCUGCGGCGCGGCGGCCCCGGCCACCAUGGGGGCUGCCGUGCUGGCCGCCGUCCUCCCGCUGCUCGUGUUCCUUGGCACCGCUGACGCUCAGCCCAAGCUGACCUCGGAGCAGAACGCCGUGAGCCUCCCUGCUGGCAAGUACCUCCACCUGGACCGUGCCACCAACCAGGAGCUGAUCUGCGACAAAUGCCCCGCGGGAACCUACGUGUCCAAGCAUUGCACGAAGAGUACCUUAAGAGAGUGCAGCCCUUGUCCGGAUGGGACCUUCACUAAGCACGAGAACGGCAUAGAGCGAUGCCACCCGUGCAGAAAACCCUGUGAACUGCCAAUGAUUGAGAAAACUCAUUGCACUGCCUUGACCGACCGUGAGUGCACUUGCCUGUCGGGUACGUUUCAGAUUAACGAUACCUGCGUCCCUUACACGGUGUGCCCGGUCGGCUGGGGCGUCCGCAAGAAAGGAACCGAGACAGAAGACGUGAGGUGCAAGCCCUGCCCUCGGGGUACUUUUUCUGAUGUGCCUUCUAGUGUGAUGAAGUGCAAAACCUACACUGACUGCUUUGGGAAAAACAUGGUGGUCGUAAAGCCGGGGACGAAGGAAAGCGACAACGUCUGUGGCUCCCCGGCGUCUCUUCCAAACACAUCUUUGACUUCAUCGGAUGCAGAAGCGGAUGGAGAGACCUACGAAGCUCCACCGACCGCUUACCUUCCCAAAGGUCUGAACUCUUCAGUUUUUGAUCUCACUUCCCCUCCGGAGCCGCGUGUGUCCAAUGGCACAGCAGAGCCAGUAGCUGACUACAACGACACCUCGGCCAACAGCACAGUUGGUGCCCCUGGGAGCCUCUCCAGCGCGGGCGCCGCUGGCCAGGCACAGAGCUACCGGCACAAGCACAGCAGCCAAGCGGUGGGCAAGCAGCCGGCGCAGGAGAUGGCGGGGGGUGAGAAGUCCAGCAUCCCCUACAGGCCGCCCCGCAGAGGGCCGCCCAGCGUCCACCAGCACUUCGAUAUCAAUGAACACUUGCCCUGGAUGAUCGUCCUCUUCCUGCUGCUGGUCCUGGUGGUCAUCGUCGUCUGCAGCGUCAGGAAGAGCUCACGGACUCUGAAGAAGGGACCGAGGCAAGAUCCCAGUGCCAUUGUGGAGAAAGCUAUUAUGAAAAAGUCCACCACCCCCACGCAGAACAGGGAGAAAUGGAUCUACUACUGCAACGGGCACGGCAUCGACAUCCUGAAGCUGGUGGCAGCCCAGGUGGGGAGCCAGUGGAAGGACAUCUACCAGUUCCUGUGCAACGCCAGCGAGCGUGAGGUGGCCGCCUUCUCCAAUGGCUAUGCGGCCGACCACGAGCGGGCCUACGCUGCUCUGCAGCACUGGACCAUCCGCGGGCCUGAGGCCAGCCUGGCCCAGCUCAUCAGCGCACUGCGGCAGCACCGCCGUAACGAUGUGGUGGAGAAGAUCCGCGGCCUGAUGGAGGACACCACGGCGGUACAGAUGCAGCCUCAGUGGCAGACGCAGGACUGCUCGAAUGAUGACGGAAAGCUGGAAGGUGACAAACUGGCACUGCCUGUGAGCCCCAGCCCGCUCAGCCCGGUGCCCACGCCCAGCACUAAACCUCCCGAUGCGGCCGUCCUCACCGUGGAGCCCUCUCCUUCAGAGAAGAAAUGCUUCUUUGUGGACGAGUCAGAGCCCCUCCUGCGGUGCGACUCCACCUCCAGCGGCUCCUCAGCGCUCAGCCGGACCGGCUCCUUUAUUACCAAAGAAAAGAAGGACACAGUCUUGCGCCAGGUGCGCUUGGACCCUUGUGACCUGCAGCCCAUCUUCGACGACAUGCUGCACAUCCUGAACCCCGAGGAGCUCCAUGUGAUCGAGGAGAUCCCGCAGGCGGAGGACAAGCUGGACAGGCUGUUUGAGAUCGCCGGAGUCAAGAGCCAGGAAGCCAGCCAAACCCUCCUGGACUCUGUCUAUAGCCACCUUCCUGACUUACUGUAGGCACUGGUCACCGCGCUCUCUCCGAAUAUCUGCUAGAACUAGCUUGGCACUCGUUAAGAUGACCGACAAUGCGCAGGCAGGUCUGCUGUAGAAUCCAUGGCCAGUAUUUUCUCUGAGGUGUCCCUGGUUUCUGGAGGGGGCGGUUUGUGAGCACUGCACCUCUCAACCUUAAUUCUGUUGCUCAGUUAAGUCUUUGCACCCUUUGCCCCCUUCGGAGUCUUUCUCUUGUUCCCAUUCCAAUCAGAUCAGCUGAUGCACUUUAAAAUGCAGUAAGUGAACUAAAAGACCACGAAUGCAGUGUCACCUCUAGGCACUGAGUCUGGGCUGCUCUGUAGCCCGUUCCAGUUCUGUCAAAGCUGUUGCUCCAAAUGACCGUCGUCUGCUACCUCCCUUCCACCGGGAGUGGGAAACGGUGAAACACACAAAGCCAAUUCUUGCUGGUUACCUUAACGCACCUCAGCUUCCUCCCUGGUUGACUUUUUUUAAUGUACUAUCACACAGCUCAUGCUCAUUGCUGAGAUUUUACUAGCACGAUUAUUUAUUGUACGGUUUUCACCUGGACAACGCAUUGUGCUCCUAUAAGCUAAAGCAGAAGCAGAUGAAUGGAAAGAAGAGGCUCAGUUCCACCAACCUUCCUGACAGUCCAACCAAACGAGGAGCAUCCUGCCUGGCCCCCAGAGGACAGCGGGUCGUGGCAGCACCAGGUCUGGGACCUGGGGACCCCGCUGGUGGUUCUGCUCUCCGUGUGCCGUAAGACUUCCCAAGCUAUGCUUUUACACUUGUGUCUCUUGUUUUUUAUACAGACGUGGCCGAUAGGUUAGGUUCUCCAAAGGCCCUGCCCGGUCUUGGAUAGUCUCUUCAAAUCACACUUCACUUUUUAUUAAAGAGAAAAGAAGGGGAAAAAAAUAAAAGUUAAAAAAAAAAAAAAAAAAAAAA